CUCAGUGGAGUCGGUGAGCAGAGACAAUGAACAGCCUGUGUACCUUGCAGCAGCUCCAGGCGGAGAAUGAGCCGGAUAAUAUCAAAACUUUACGAAUGACUCUACGUGAGGAGCAUUCCCCUGAGAGGACGGAGACCAUCAAAGUGAAGCCGGUGGGACGCGCGUUCGCUCUUAUAUCGUUGCGCCCAACCCGUGGCUCUCGGCCCCUCAACUCCGAACUGGUCACGUCCAGCGAUGGCGAUGAAGAGAUCAUUAAGGUGUACCUCAAGGCCAAAGCGGAGAGCAAAGCCCAUCACGAGUGGAACGUCAGCCAGCUGAGGAACGAGGUCCGCCAUAUCCAAGAGGCGAGGACGUCUCUGAAGAAUCUCAGAGAAGACCUUGGUAGCUCAAAACAGGGGCAACAAGCAGAGAAGGUCUUGCUGUCGGAAAAGCAAAAUGGCGUCAGGCACUAUGAGGGACCAUGGUUGGAGUCGAAAGACGGCAAUGAGGAAUUUCCCUUGGAUAACGGGAAGAACUUACGGGAGACCGCGCAGAAGCUAUAUGCUAAGCUCCAGGAGACCGAGAAGCGGCACCAGGCUGACCGCAAGUUGUAUGAGGAAAGGCUCAACCAGAAUCAGCAGGAGUUGGAGCGACACAACCGAGCACGCAAGCAAGCGGAGGAAACAGCGGAUGACCGCCAGCGAGAGGUGGAGGAGUUGAGGAGGCUGAUGUCCAAUAUGGAGAUGGAACACCAGGAUUUGGUGAAGAAGAUGCACGAGAAUGAGAUAGAGCUGGACGGUCUUAGAGGACAGAAACAGGAAAAUGGACCUCUAGAGGAGAAGUGUCAUGUGCUGGAGAAGACUGUGUCUAACCUGAAAGAGAAGAUCCACCACCUGGAUGAUAUGUUAAAGAGCCAGCAACGCAAAGUACGACAGAUGAUUGAACAGCUGCAGAACUCCCGCACAGCCAUGCAGGAGAAGGAUUCUCUCAUCCAAGACCUACGAGAGAAAGUCUCCUGGCUUCAGUCAGAGAACCUGGAACUACAGGACAAACUGGAACACUUUCUAUCCACCCAGCAAGGACACACAACCCAGUUGCCAAGGGCUUAUGCCAGACCCAGCCUACCAAACUACAAGCGAGUGUACCUUCCGGCUGGAUCGGGCAGGCCUCAGCCACUUAUCAAGCUGGUGGAAACAUGAGCCGAAAGUAACGUGCGAUGAUGCCGGCAUCUGUGGUGUUCCACGUGAACAGCUGGUGGCCUGACGGAAAGGACUAUAUGGAUUGCUCUUAACCUUUCGAAGACUGUCGCCUGGUAGAGCCUCUACUCUUUGGCUGUGCCCUUGAGUAACGGGAAGAAUUUACUUGACACUUGUACCAUCCUAUAGACGUUAUUUUUAUACUUUGGUUGGUUUUAGGACUCUUCUAGUAAAUGCAUCCACGUUAACAACCUUUCCUCUUGAGAAACCUUCCCCGUGGAGGCAAGAGGAAGCACCGUAGAUGGAUCUUCCAUGUCUGACUGCUGCAUUCUGGGUGUUAAAACUAUGCAGCGGCGGGAAAAUGGUGCCUUAGACUUGUCAGCGAAACCAAAGAUUCUUUGAAACCAUGAUGGGCUGGAGGUCACCCAACACUGGGCAGCACCCCAAAAUCUUCAAUCUGUCUUC